UUGAUCCAACUGAUCCUAGUGGACCCUAGCCCCCUAGGACCUAGCUCGCAUGUGUUUAUGUCGUGAUUGUUUAUUAGCAUUUUUGAUAUUGUUAUUUAACAACAAUUAUUAAUAACAAAUAAUAUUUUGCUGAUUGUUUAAUAAAUUUUAAGGCCACCAUGUCAAAUGGUCAAAAGAAUCUCGAAAUAAUUGAUCUUGGUUCUGAUAGUGAGGAUAAAAAUUCAACAGAUAAACAAACAUCAAUUAAUCACACAAUGUCUUGUAUUAAUUUUAAUUGUAAAUCAGGUGUUAAUAUGAAAAUUGCAUCUACAUUUGCUUGUAGUUAUUAUGGUGUUAAUACAACUAAAAAAAAAAGACGUUUUAUUUGUGAAAAAUGUUAUGAAGCACCACUUGUACAUCAAGAAACAUUGGCUGUUGCAUUAUUGGAACGUAAACCAAUGUUUGAAUGUCCAUUUCCUGAUGAAAGUACUACUCAUAUUAAUUUAUCAGAUAGUGAUUCUGAUAGUGAAGACAGUAAAAAUGAUUUUAUACCAGAAGAUGUUUUAAUAGGUAUUGAAAAUAAAUUUGCAAAUGCAAUGGUAAAUGUUUUGAAAAAAUGUGAUAUUCAUUAUCAACAGGGUGAAGCAUACAAAUUUUUAAAAACAAAAUUUGAUCGUAUUGAUGAUGAUUACAAGCUUUUAGAUGAUGAACUUGAUGUUAUGAUAAAAAAAAUGGAUUCAUUAAGAAAUACAUUUUACGAUCAGUAUAAACCACCAAUACGUUAUCAACCAGUUGCUGAAUUUGAAGAUACAAUUAUUCAAAAUUCACAACCACCAUCAUCAAGAAUUUUAUCACCACCAGCUCUUUCGCCAAUUAAAAUGAAUAAUUUACAAUCAUCAGUAGCAACAAAAAAAGUAACACAAGUUAGAAAACCACAUUCAUCAUCAUCAUCAUCAUCAUCAUCAGCUGGAAUGAUAAAUCAUCAAUUUCCACAAGAUAUAACACAAGUUGAAGUUAUGCCUGUAGAACAAAGAGAUAGAGCUUCACUUAGUCAGCAGUAUGGUUUACCACCACAUGGACAAUUAGUACGUCGUCCAGCUGAAGUUGAUAAUAUUGUACUAGUUAUGAAAAAUCCAUUAAUGGCAUGGAUAAAAGCAAAAGUACAAUCAAUUGUAUCAAAAUCACCAAUGACAUAUAGAGUAAAAUUUAUACCAAAAAGAUUUAAUAAUCAAGUUAAAAAUAUGUGUGGUAAAGAAAUUGCAUUAUUUCAACCAGCAACAGUUAUUAUACCAGUAUCAACAAGAGUCGUUGCAAUAUUUAAUGACAUACAAGCUAGUAAUUAUUUUUCUGGUGUUAUUGCUGAACCACCAAAAGCAACAAAUAAAUUUCGUUAUUUAGUAUUUUUUGAUGAUGGAUAUGCACAAUAUGUUGCACAUAAACAAAUAUUUGUUGUUACUGAAAGUUCAUCACGUGUUUGGGAAGAUGUACCAGUUGAAUCACGUGAUUUUAUUAAAAAAUAUCUUGAUACAUAUCCAGAACGUCCAUUAGUUAAACUGGAAGUUGGUCAAGUUGUUAAAACAGAAUGGAUGGGUAAAUGGUGGAUUGCAAGAGUUAUACAAGUUGAUGCUAGUUUAGUACAAAUGCAUUUUGAUGCUGAUGGUAGAACAGAAUGGAUAUAUCGUGGUUCACAAAGACUUGGACCAUUAUAUCUUGAAUUUGCUAAAGCUAAAAAUCGUCAACAGGGUCAUCAUGCACCUGUUAAUAAAGCAAGUCGUCAUAUAUCUGGACCAUUAACUAAAGCAAAUAUUAAUCAGCCAUAUGUUGAAUAUACAUCAGGAAUUGGUGAUUUUGAAAUUGAAGAAACAAUUAAUAAAAAAACAAUGAGUGGAUCAAUGAUUAAAUUUGAUAAUAAUAAUAAAAUACAAGGUACAUCUUCAAUUCGUAUAUCACCAUCAACAUCAACAAAUUUAGCUCCACCAGUUAGAGCUGUUGCUAGAAAAAGUACUGGUAAAAAACCAAUACCAAUUGCACCAGCACCAGCACCAUCAUAUGAUUUAACAUAUUUUAAUGAAUCAAAACCAUCACACAGUAUUGUUUAUUAUCAAACACAACAUAAAAUACGUCCACGUGAAUAUGUACCACAUGAUUGUGGUCCAAAUUGCAUUAAUGGUAUAUCAUAUACACCAGAUGAUUUAAAAGGUUUUUCACCAUUAUCAAUACCAUUAUUAUGUGGCUGGAAUAGACAACUAUGUAAAUACAGUAAAGGUAAAAAAGUUGAAAUAUAUCAAGCACCAUGUGGUUUAAGAUUACGUAAUUUAGAAGAAGUACAUAAAUAUUUACGUGUUACAAAAUCAACAAUGUCUGUUGAUUUAUUUGAUUUUGAUCAUUGGGUACAUUGUCUUGCUGAAUUUGUACUUGAUAAAUGUUUUGUUAAUAUUAAAGAUUUAAGUUAUGGUGUUGAAAAUGUAUUAAUACCAUGUGUUAAUGAAAUUGAUCAUGCAUUACCAGAUACAAUAACAUAUAGUACCAAAAGAGAACCAACUGAGGGAGUUAAUUUAAAUCUUGAUCCAAACUUUUUAUGUUGUUGUGAUUGUGAGGAUGAUUGUGCUGAUAAAACAAAAUGUCAAUGUUGGCAAUUAACAAUACAAGGAGCACCAUUUGGUGGACGUACACAAAAUAAUAAUGUUGGCUAUGUAUAUAAACGUUUACCUGAACCAGUUAGUACUGGUAUUUAUGAGUGUAAUUCAAAUUGUAAAUGUUCAGUUAAAACAUGUUUAAAUCGUGUUGUUCAACAUCCAUUAACACUUAAAUUACAAGUAUUUAAAACAGCACCAAGAGGCUGGGGUAUAAGAUGUCUAAAUGAUAUACCACUUGGUUCAUUUAUAUGUAUUUAUGCUGGUAGAUUAUUAACUGAACAAGGAGCAAAUGAAGGUGGUAAAAAUUAUGGUGAUGAAUAUUUAGCUGAAUUAGAUUAUGUUGAAGUUGUUGAAGCAAUGAAAGCUGAUUAUGAAAGUGAAGCUAUUGAACCAGAACUUCCAAUUGAUGAAUCAGUUGAUCCACCAUCACCAAGUGAUAAAUUACAACCAGAAGAACAAUUUACAACUUCACCUAAAAAAAAAGGAUCAUAUGAAUCUGAUGAAGAAUUUAAUAUUAAUCAAUAUAAUAAUGAAUAUUCACGUCUUGAUACUGAAACAGAUGAAUCAAUGAAAAAAAGACUUAGAAAACGUAAAAAAAGUGAUGAAACACAAACAAUUGAUGGUCCAGAUGAAAAAAGUGAAGAUGGUACAUCAUCAAAAAGUUCAGAUAAUAUUAAAGAAGCAUCUGAUGAAGAAGAACAAACAACUGAAUUAAUGAGACAACCAAGAAGAUUUGAACCAAUUGUAGAAUUACCACAAGUUGAAAGACCAAAAUUUAAAUCAGUACGUGAUUUUUAUGGUGCUGAUGAAGCUGUUUAUAUUAUGGAUGCUAAAACAACUGGUAAUAUUGGUAGAUAUUUAAAUCAUUCAUGUGAUCCAAAUGUAUUUGUACAAAAUGUAUUUGUUGAUACACAUGAUGUUAGAUUUCCAUGGGUUGCAUUUUUUGCAUUAAAUUUCAUUCGAGCUGGACAAGAAUUAACAUGGAAUUAUAGUUAUGAUGUUGGUAGUAUUCCUGGUAAAGUUAUACUCUGUCGAUGUGGUGCUUCUAAUUGUCGUGGUCGUCUUUUAUAAUUUUUUUUAUUCCCAAUUAUUUAUAUAUCAAUUUUUUUUUUUUUUAACUAUAAUAUGUAAUUUAAAUUUAACAUAAAAUAAAUAUGCAAUUUUACAAAAAAAAUAUUAAAAUUAAUUUCAAUCAACAAUAUAUUUUAAUUAAUAUAUAUAUUCAUUUUUUUUUUUAUUACUAAAAAAUACAAGAUAAAAUUCAAUUAUGCAUUACAAGUUUUAUUUAUUAUUUAUUCAGUUAAUUAUUGACAAGACAUCAAGCUAGGCACAAAUCGAAUGGAUUUAUUUUGUAUUACUAUUAUUAUUUUUUAUAAUAUUAUUCAUCUUUUUAAAUUGAUUUAUUUAAUAGUGCCUUUGAUUUUUUUUUUUGUACCAAGUUGACGGAUUUUAAUUAAUUAUUUAUAUAUCAAAAAAAAAAUAUUCUAGGCAUAUUUUAAUUAUUAAUAUUCUUUUCACGAUUAAUUUGAAUAAAAUGUAAGAUAAUCAUUAAAAGCAAUUAAGUCUUCAUUAUUUAAAAAAAAAAAACAUUGUUUACACAGCAAGUUUUACAUCAUCGCAACGACGAUAGUUGCACGUUGUUACAUUUGAC